CAUUUGCUUUUCGUGUAGGUAUGUCCGCCAUUUUAUGUUAGUGAAUUUUGUCUAUUUAUCAGUAUCGGUUACAUUAUAAAUGUUUUUGUGAUACGAUAAUGAAUUAUUUCUACAAAAGUAUAAUUACAAGUGUUGUUUACCUAUAAUAAUAAUGGUGUUGUGGUAAGGUGUGGUGUGGUGAGGUGGUGAGUUGAGGAUGCCUUUGCCGAAGCGUGUGGUGGAGCCGGUGCACGUGGCACGAGGCACCAUCCCGGAUGACUUUCCGCUGCCGUCGGAGCUGGAGGCGGCCACCAACGGCACGCUGGCCAACGCGGUGCGCCAGCUCAGCAGCCUCAGUCGCCACGCCGAGGAUCUGUUCGGCGAACUGGCGCGUGACGCGCACGUGUUGGCCGCACGCGCCAACUCCCUCCAGGCGCGCAUCGACCGGCUCGCCGUCAAGGUCACGCAGCUUGACAGCAAUGUUGAGGAAGUUUCACUGCAAGACAUCCAUAUGAGGAAAGCGUUUAAGAGCUCUGUGGUGUUCGAUCAAAAAGUGGUGUCCCGAGAUACAAUGCCGACUGCUAUGCUAGAAACCUACAACCUCUGUGAUAAACCACCUCCAUUGGACAAAUUGAACCCUUACAGAGAGGAUGGAAAAGAUGGUCUUAAGUUCUACACGGACCCUGAUUACUUCUUCGACUUGUGGCGACAGGAAAUGCUCAAAGACACGGAAAGAAUGAUGAAUGAUAAGGGCAAGAAGCUCUACCAGUUUAGUGAGCCGCACCACAGGCCGAGGGGCGCGGACGGGGGAGGGGGCCGCCACAAGAAGCGCGUGCGCCAGCCCCACAACACGAGGGAGAGGCAGCGGCAGCUGGCGGUCGGCCAUGGCGAGUACAUCAUGCCGCAGGCGACCGUCGCCUACAGGACUCCUCAGCAGCAGCAGCAGCAACAUCAACAACAACCACCAGUGUACAGUAGCAGCAUUUUGGCGGACGACCCGUCGAUGGGCGUGGUGAUGAUAGACGGCCGGCCGUCGCGACCCAACAGCAUCGAGCUGCGACGCUCCUAUCCGACAGAGCAGGUUGACGCAGGCGGCAUCUACAGUCCGCGCAACGUGCAUAGUCCCGAAACGGUCUACCGACAAAACUACCCGAUGUCGCAUUACGACGACAGUGUAUUUACUAGCCACCACCAUCAGCAGCACAAUCACCACCACGGUGACGACCAGUCGUUGUACGGCAUCUAUGGCAGCGGCAGUGUCACCUACACCAGUCCGAAUGGCGGGCGCAUCUCUGGGCGCACCACCUCGCAGCGCCCGGCGCACCCGCCCCCCGCGCCCCCUAGCAACGGCACAUCGGCCACCAGUACGCCGACAGCGUCGUCAGCCAACAACACGCCAACUCGGGGCCGCAGCAUGAGUGCCGGCCGAGAGCAGCUGCCGCCUCCACCACCGCCCCCGGUAGAGACACCACCGCCCCCAGUGCUGCCACCUUCUCCGCCAAUGGUGGCCGCCGCAAGUCCGCCUCGCAGCCCCGAGCCACCACCUCCGCUGCUGCCGCCCCCGCCCCCGGUGCCUGAGCCGCCUCCACCACCCCCACCUCCGCCGCCGCCUCCUCCACCGCCGCCACCGCCCACCACGGCUAUGUCCAACGGGCCCACUUCACCGCCUCCGCCGCCAUUCCUCAAUGGCGAUGUCAAGUCACCUGUCAAACAGAUAAUAUCGACGUCGCCGCCUAAAACGAAACAGCUGGAAAACACAGUAGUGAAUAACGUAGUGGCUCCGGCGGGCGCAAGGAACAAGUCGGCCAAUCCACCAGUUGCUCAGUACGACCCGCGUAGCGACCUGCUCAAAGCAAUACGUGAUGGCAUAAAACUGCGUAAAGUGGAGAAGAACGAGCAGAAGGAAGGCGAGCGACAGAACGCGUUCCACGACGUGGCGUCCAUCUUGGCUCGGCGAGUGGCUGUGGAGUUCUCAGACUCGGACUCAGCCUCGGAGAGCGAGUACGACAGCGAAGGGUGGUGCGAACAGGAGACCAGUGCAUGAGUCAACCUCCUCCCCACCUCCUCCUCAUCCUCCUCCUCCCCCUCCUGUUACCUCCUCUGGAGUGUCACCACCCUACUCGUCGUCUGCAUCACUCUAGUAUUCGCCAAACUACUCAAAUCUAUCAUCGACUACUAUCCAUAGACCAACCACAUUACCAUUCCAUACCUAAUGACUUUCUUUAUUUAACAUUGUAUGUAUGUGUGUGUGUAUAUGUAUAAAUUACUGUUGAUGGAUUAUUCUAUCUUGCUAACUCCCUAAUCCAUUCUAAACCGUCAUAUUCGAGAUAGUUGUAUAAUCCUACCAAAUGCAUGACUCGUGAGUUGCUGAUGAUAAGUAAUAGUCAGCAAUAUUUAAAAAGCCGUUACUGAAAAUUGUAAUUUGUCUUGAACGAAUCUCUUAUGCUAGUAAUAUGGUAAUUGAUGUAGUACCGUAAGUUGAAGAACGGGGUCAGUAAGCUGGUUUUAUUCCAAUUUCAAGUCUCAUUAAUUCAGAUUGUUUGUUUGAAGCUGCGUACACUUUUACGCCACGAACACGAGCAUUUCGCUUUCCAUCAGCUGAUGCUAAGCUUAUUAAUCUGUAUCUUACCGUUUCUGUACAAAUACUGAUAUAAUCAGCUGAUGAAAAGCGAAAUGCGCGUGUUCGUGGCGCAAAUGUCUGUACGCAGCUUAAUAUGUCGUUCUAAUAUAAUUUGGCGCAGUAAAUGAUCAAAAUGGCAUUAUUAUAAGUUUGAAAUCUAUCUUGCCAAAGUGGAAUUUUGCUUAAAAGGUAUUAAGUAUUUUAAUGUUUAGCGUACUGUGUUGGCUGAAAAAAUUAUAAAUCUAUUUUAAGAAAUAUAUUUAUUCCAAUGAGACGCUUAUUAUUCGUAUAUUUCCCAGCAUGUAUAGGCAUUAGAAUAUCGUUCAAUUAAUAAACUACGUUAUACAUUUUAUAUAUUUUAAUAGUAUUUUUGAAAAGGUGUUGUAUGGAAUUUGAAAAUUAUUGUAAAUUUUAUGAAUGUGAACUGUAUAGAAUAUUUUAGUGAUGAAUAUUCAGAUCCAUAGCCAUUCUCAUGGUUGAUCUAUACUUUAUAGUUUUCAUUAAUUAUUGACUUGAUUUUUGAAUAUUCCAAUCAAUUAUAGAAAAUUUUUGUAUUGUAAUGAUGGAUUUCAUGCUUGUAUGGAUAACGUUUUGUUUGGGUAGUACUGCAUCUUCAGAGGAAAACAAGUUCAAUAUUGAAUUAAAAAGUUGUAAUUGAAUAUUUUAAACGAAUCUCAUUUUAUGAAUAUAGUAGUUAUACAGGUGGAUUGCAUACUGAAAUAGAUUUUUUCUUACCGUAGUUGAUUUCUUGGAGGAAUGUUAUUUUUACAAAAAUCUAAUGAAUGGCCCAUUUCAUUGUGAAAAUAUAUUUGCGAAAUUUUCUACCAGUCUGGUAAAAAAUACAAUUUAAUAUUGCAGUUCAAAAAUGUCUGUCUACUAAUUAACUAAUGAGUAUCAAUAAAUGUACCUCAUAAAAGGAACACAUAGAAUGUAAUUAUUUUAUACGUUCUUAUACUGUAUUUAACAAUAUUGAUAUAAAUAGUUGUAUUAUAUUGUAAAGAUCUGGAGUGGAUGACAGAAAAAGAGUACUUGAACGCAAGAAUCAUUGAAAAAUGUCUACUAGAUCAAAUCAACUAUUUAUUAUGUAAUUGAAAAAACUAUGUAUUUUUUUUUCUUUUGGUAUCUCAAACCAUCAAUCUUUUCUAUUGGUUAAAGGUGCUGCAUUUAGAAAUUUCUUAUAAGUGUUUCGUCUUACUAAACAUUAAUAAAUAGCAGUCAAUAAAAUGUUUAAAAAUUCUCUAAUUUUUGUGAAAAUCGUUUUUCAACAUAGCUUCAAAUGAGUCUUUUUGCUCAUUGAUGAUUAUUUUCUGUUCAGGAUUCUUUUUCUUAGAAUAUUGCCCGUUGUAUUUUUAAAAUACUGUAAAUAAAAAUAAUUAACGUAUAGGGAAUGUAAAGUUAAGGUAGAUUCCAUGGAUUCGGCUCAACUGCAUUAUUAGUAUUGAGGCUUUGAAGCUUGGUUCUUUUCUUCAAAAGAAAAGGUUGUCCAAAAUCUAAUUUGAUUUAUUAGACUUCACAUUACCUGAAUAUAUCAUGACUUCUUCGAUUUGGUUAAACGUUUAAAGAGUAGAAUGCUUUUGCGUUAUUUGUUUGCAUUAGAUACUACAAGGUCUAGGUGUUAACAAAUUCAUAAUAAAAUGAAUUGAUGAAGAGAGGGGUUUGGGUUGUUAGCUAGCUUUUGAAAAGAUCAAUAAUAGUUAUUGUUGAUUCUCUUUAUUCUAAAUAUUUAUCUAUCCAAUACUAAUUUUAAAGUUUAGCUUGAAGACAUGGAUAUCCUUACGACAUCUAACAUUCGAUAAUCUCAAUAAUUAUAUUGUAGAUUUGUAUUGAAAGCUAAUACACUAUUUUAUGAAAUAAGUUUUAUUGUAUUUCAUGCUUAAAGUUUGUAAUAUUUGAAAAAACCAAAGCAUACCUUUACCCUUUUAUCGUGUUGUUAAUUUAUUAAGAUUAUUCUCUUAUAAGUUCUAUACAAAUUUCAAUCUUCACUUCACAAAAUAAGUGAAAAGAGAAAGAAUACCUUCCAUUUUUAAUUGUUGUAAAUGAAAAGUCUUAUCGAAUAAACUGUACGAUUCAA